AUAAUGGCUCGCAUCGAUAUCAAAAUUCAAAUGAAGAAUAGAGAGAGAGAGAGAGAGAGAGAGAGAGAGAGAGAGAGAAGAGAGAGAGAGAGAGAGAGAGAGAGAGAGAGAGAGAGAGAGAAGAGAGAGAGAGAGAGAGAAAGAGAGAGAGAAGAGAAGAAGAAGAGAGAGAGGAGAGAGGAGAGGAGAGAGAGAGAGAGAGAGAGAGAGAGAGAGAGAGAGAGAGAGAAAGAGAGAGAGAGAGAGAGAAAGAGAGAGAGAGAGAAGAGAAAGAGAGAGAGAGAGAGAAGAAGAGAGAGAGGGAGAGAGGAGAGAGAGAGAGAGAAGAGAGAGAGAGAAGAGAAAGAGAGAGAGAGAGAGAGAGAGAGGGAGAGAGAGAGAGAAGAGAGAGAGAGAGAGAGAGAGAGAGGAGAGAGAGAAGAGAGAGAGGAAGAGAGAGAGAGAGAGAGACAUAGAGACAUUGAGAGAGAUAUAGAGAGAGAUAGGGAGUAACAAAGUCCAUGGGUCCUUUACCCGGGGGUGGGAUCAUUUAUUUUGGCAGACCCC